CUGUAAUCCGGAUGUUGACUUGUCAAUCAAAAGACCUCUCAUGUACCGAAGAGCUAAUUGUCGAGAUUUAAAUUUGUUAAUUUGUUGACAUACUGGUACAGAAUAAGACAAAUAUUAAUAACUGAAAAAGCUUAUGAUAUGACUUUGAUUUUUGGCUAAAGCGGAGAACGGUACCCAAGAUGGCCGCCAUAGUUGCAGUGAAUUAGGGUUCAGGUUAGGUAGAGGGAUCGAUUUAGGGUUCAGGUUAGGCAUAGGGAUCGAUUUAGGGUUAGGGUUAGGCAUAGGGAUCGAUUUAGGGUUCAGGUUAGGCAUAGGGAUCGAUUUAGGGUUAGGUUUAGUGACAGUAUUAACUGGUUGUGUCUACCAAUAUGGUGGCCAUCGCGGGUACUAUUCUCCUUAUUUACCCUUGAUUUUUUUUUUGGGGUGGGGGGGGGGCUUUAUUUGUUGUUGUUCGUCCGUCAAAAGGACCAUCGAGUCAUCAGGUUAGGGGAGGGCCGGGAGGGUGAGUUACGGUGAGCUCGUUGGAGCUUGCUAGACCGAUCAGGUCGAUCUGUGCUCGGAAUAAUCUCUGGCACCGCGUGCAGGGCCAGGGGAUACCGGAUAGUUGCUGCAGUCGGUGAUCUAGUGUUGCUCUUCUUGGCCAGCAUGCGUGCCUCAGCUGUGGUUGUCCUACUGGCUUCAUGAGAUUUAGCCCCCUUCUUGACAGCUCCUCUCCACCUGGCUUUGUAGAUGGUCAUGGCAGAGACUAGUUAUAGACAGCAGUGAGAGCCGGAUUGACUCAUGUUAAUGUUAGUUAGCAGUUAGUUAAGUUAGUGAGUUUAGGGCUGUCAAAAAUGUUAAAAACACUUGUGGGUAUAUAGGACGGUACGGUUUAGGCAUGAUGAUAGCGGCCUAGGCCCUAGAGUCUAGAGGUAAUCUGGAUAUGCCUAACUAUGGCUAUAACUAAGGCUAUACUAUACUAUAGUAUAAGAGGGCUACUCUAGACCUAGUGUAUGUACUGUGUUAUUAAUUAUUAAUUUUUUUUAGUUUUACUCAUUCGAAAUGGUGUAGUCAAUAAAAAAAUCGUAUUAUAUUAAAUUAAAAAUAAAUUUCAUUAGUUUUUAGGUUUUCUUUCAAGGAACCUGUAUACCAUAUUUAUGCUUACUGUAGUCUUAGGAGAAGUAUUACAAUACAAAUAGCAAUAUGAAUAUAAACUUUAAGAAACAUGUGCAAGGCCAAGACAUGUUAGAUAUAAAGACUAAGACACACCAUUAAAGGGCACAUAGAUUGAAAGUGGAAAAACAUAUGAAGUUGGGGUGCAGUUGGAUGCAUCCUUCAUGACUCCUGUAUGCUUUGGUGCAUUUAAUUACAAUCCUAAGUCUUUUAAGUAAGGAAUAAGAAAUUUAAUUUUUUUAAUAAGAAAAUUAAUUUUUUUAUAGAAACUUCAUAGUCAAAGUUUUUUUAAUGAUUUUUCAAAAUAUCUUUUUAAAAUCAGGCACCCGGUUAUGCCUGUGCAUUAGCCAUGAUGGGCGGGUACCCAUUCACAGCCCUAUUAGUACGGAAUCUAAUUUCAUUAAAAUAAACGAAAAUAUGAUUCUACCUUAUACUUAUUUUUUUUAAGCCAUCGUCAUCGAAGGAAAUAGUUAUUAUUUUAUUAAUGCUAGUUGCUAGUAAUUGCUGUUUAAUCUACUCAUGUAAUUGAACUACAUUCACAAUUUUCAACAAUACAUAACAAUGAAAUAUCUUCAGCUAGCCACUAAUCUGUUAGGUUUUAUAUUUUAAAAAAAUCAUAUUUGUCAUUAAACCAUCAUUGCAUCCUACUCUAAUGUCCUUUUCUAAAAUAAUAUUUCAGGUCCUUCAAUAAUUGUCAAUAAUAUCAUCUUACAUUUACACAAUCAUGACUCAAUUUUGCAUAAACUUUAUAAUUAAAUAAUUUCUGUCAUGUUAUUUCUUGCUCAUUGCUGUAUCAAGGGGUUGAACGUGUAUUCUGUUCAUUUACUGAAGGAUCUUUCUACUUUAAUUAUAUAUUCUUGUAUACAACAGUAGUGUCAAAAGAAGGCUUACAGUUUUUUUUUGACAGUAUUUAUUUAAAAUUAUAAGAUUGGUAAUAGAUUUUAAAAAAUAUGCCUUCUGCUUUGUAGAAAAGUUUUAUAAUUCUUUUUUUGUCUUAGUUUUGGAAAUUGUAAUGUUUUAAGGCAUUUACACUUGCAGCAACCAUGUCUUCUUUAAAAUCAAUAAAAGCUUUAAAAAAAAGAAUUUGUGCAAUGGAAUGAUGGAAUUAGAAGAAACUUUUUGUUUUAAAGAGAAUGACAACACUUUCAACAGAAACAGAGAUUACUCCAUUUCCCAUCAUAAAGUUUUAUGGCAUUAGCAGGUAAUUGAUUAAAAAAUUGCUGUUAUUUUAAAAAUUCAUUAUUUUAAGAAAAAAAAUUUUCUUUUUGUUUUAGCCACCUGGAUUCCCAAUAGAUUAGGUACUCAUUUUAAACGUAGGCCUAUUUUUAUUCACAAAUUUGACAUACACUUUGACAGUUUGUCCUUUGUACUAAAUUCUGAUUUGAAAUUCUAGAAAAAGGAAAUCUAAGAUUGAAGACCCCGCAAAUGCAAAAGGGAUUCUCAAGAAACAGUCAUGGAAGGUGCCCAAGGCAUAUGAGUCCAGGUAAAUGCUUUGCAUCUAGAUUUGGGCUUUUGGAAGGGGAUGGUUCAAAAUUGUAUGUUGAUGUUAAUGCUUUCAAAUUAUAAUUACUUUGAUGAAAUUAAAAUCCAACAGAGAUUUUUAAAUAUCCCCAGAAUUUUGGGUCCAACAUACUGUUGGAAAAUUUUCCACAGACAAAGGGAUGCCUUUCAAUUUGCUCAGAAGACAUCAGAGGUAUAAAUAAUAUUAAUGUGUUACAAUUUUUCCUUAUAAUUAUGUAAUUUAAUAAAACCUGAUACAAAUUGGUAAUGAUUUAGCAAAACUUCCUGGCAAACGCUUCUUUUUUAAAAUCAGUUUUUUAAACUACAUUUUAAUUGUAACCAUUUUGUAUUUCAGGAUGUUCAUGUUUUCGCCUAUGAAUUCUCGGAAGGCUCCAAUGCUGAUAACCCAGGUCAGAGGAGAUAUUUAGUUACAAGUCUUCCAGUUUUCUGGCACUAUUACAGGUAAAGACUCUUCUAAACCUAUAACUGGACAUUUUUUAAAAACCCUUCUAUAGAAUUAUUUGCACGGCAUUACUGAAAAUGACUUGAAUAUCCAACCUUUUUGGUGUGGGUUUCCAACCAAAUAUUUUUCACAUUUAGAAUUCAGGGUAAGAUUCCAUUUAAAGUUUCUGUUUUCUCCCCUAUAAUGUUUCCCUUAAUCCUUACAUUCUUCCUGCAUAGUUAACACUAUUUCACAUUUUAUGAUUAUAAACAAAAUGGCACACAUACAAAAAGUCAUGUCAUCAGAAUUGUCUACAUUAAAUUGCAGACAGAUUACAUAAUACAACUCAAUAAUAUUAUAACAUAUUAGCAUGUUAGGACAGUUCUAUAUAAGCAAACAUUUACAUGAUCAGCAUUACUUGAUGUGGCAUCAUGGGAAUUAUAAUGAAAUAUGAUUGAAUUUGAUUUCAGCCAACUAGAGCUCUGCAGGAGACAUCAUUAUGAAGUUAUUCCUGAGGGUAAAUAUCAAUGUCAUUUUCAUUUUUAUUUUCUUAAGAUUUUCUUUGAACUUAUUUACUAACUUUUAAAUAUAAAAAUUUGCAAAUUUAUGUUUUUUAUUUUAUUUAUAUGUACAUGAGCUGAUGAAUUUUAAAAAAUUAUGUGACUUUUUUUAUGAAUGUGUCUAUAUUGUGAGACAUUUGGUCAUCAGGAGAUUCGAUGUAUUAUAAAGAUUUUAGACAGGCUUUAGAAAUUAUUAUUAUCUUCUUGUUCUUAUGCCUUUUUACCCUGUCUAGGGCAUGGGCCGUCCACAAUAAUUUUCCAUUCAUCACGGUCCUGUGAUUUCCUUUCCAGUUGCUUCCAGGUGUAUCCCAUUUUUGCUUGUCUGCCUCUAGCUCGUGUCUCCACGUAUUCUUUGGCCUUCCUCUCUUUCUUUUUCCUUGUGGAUUCCAUGUUAUGAUGAUGCUAUCCACCUCCAUCUUUUUUUUUUAUGUCUUCAUCAAUGGGUACUUGGUUAACCCCUUUCUAGUAGAUCUUUAUUGGUGCUGGUAUUUGGGCAUUUGAUGUUCAGUAUCUUUCUAAGGCAUGUGUUUAUGAAGUUCUGUACUUUCUGCGUAAUGUUCGCUGUUGUCUUCCAAGUUUCUGCUCCAUAUUGUAAGACUUAAAAGAUUUUAGAUCGGCUUUAGAAAUUAAUAUGCACUGUUUGAAAUCUAGCUAGAGAUGUUGAUGACUGGUCUCCAAUAUCUAUCUAAGGAUAAUGUUACUGCCAUUUUGUAAGGAGAGGGUUUUCACAGUGUUGUCUUUGUUGACAGAGUUGUUUUUUUUCAUGGUUUCCUAUCCACAAGAUUAGCUGCCCUGCUGGGCACUAGACCCGAUUUCACCCCAUGUGUGUCAAAUCUCUGUUUAUUUUUCUGUUACUAAUACAACUUAACAUUAAUAUAUAGCAUUUAGCCAUGAGAUCAUUUUCUACAGCUGUUUAACUUUCAGGCAAGCCGUGUAAGUUGUACUUCGACCUGGAAUAUCUGAGAGAGUACAACCUAGAUAAAGAUGGGGACAAGAUGGUGGAUACUUUGAUACAAGUAGGAGAUAAUAUUCUUUUGGCCUUUUAAAUAUUUCUUAGCAUCCCCCACCCCCCACCCUGAUUUUAUGUAGAGUGAGGAAAGGUCUCAUGUAGCUGGAGACAAGUCCUACCAAGUUUUGAGACAAGUCCUACCAAGUUUUGAGACAAGUCCUACCAAGUUUUGAGACAAGUCCUACCAAGUUUUGAGACAAGUCCUACCAAGUUUUGAGACAAGUCCUACCAAGUUUUGAGACAAGUCCUACCAAGUUUUGAGACAAGUCUUACAAAGUUUUGCACCAGUCCAACUGGAUCAACAGGCUAUGCAAUAAUUAGAGAUCCAACAAUGUAAAUUUUCUGUUAGUCGUCCUUCUGGAACCCAAUGUUUUAAAGUAUGUGAGAGGGAUCUCAAACUACCCAAUGCAUUUGUAUGAGGAUGAUUCAUAGGAAAAGGGCCACAUAAGUACAUAGUGGGCAUUUUCUAUUUUUAAGUAAGUACCUUAAAAACUCUGAAGACCCGAGGAGAAAGUCUAGUGGCUAGCAUGUUGCAAACUGUGAUUUUUGAGAACCCUGGUUUUUAACUUAGAUUGUGUUACUGCGUCACGGGCUCACUGUGUCAGAGACUCGGUGUGCACUCUAUUAAAAAAUCUAGCCUUGAAUCCUUACAUUAAAUUCUACAAAUAAGUUUUCUUAAUUUUUUAAGUUCCUAUUUCAAAAUCAAAUCGCCUGCUGGUUUGGUCCUCUCCCAGUUUAACAUUAAGUUUUCUUUGUUAUAAAUUUAGACUAGACCCCAUUCAACUGUUUCAGGUGGUCUGUUUGUGGCUGAAAAAACUUUACAACAGAGACUGUAAGCGAUCACAUGUAUUAGACUUGGAUUCCAGGUAAAAUUAUUAUCACUUAGUGAAAUAGAGCUUUUUUUUUUUUUGUUUGGAUCUGUUGCUAGGGAAUCCAGAUGCUAAAAAUGUUAAUGAUUCUAAAUGAGUCAAAUAAUCUCAUAGCGCUAUGAGGAAUAAACAUACCAUUGCCUGGUUUUGGACUCAAAAAAAAACAAACUGGAAAACCCCCCACAUUUUUUCUGAUCAUCAUGAUGUUAAGUUUGAUGAUUGGACUUUGUGUUAUUCAAGUUUUAUUUCUGUGAAUAAUUUCACCAAUGUAAAGUAAUCAGUAUUUUUGCAUAUUUUAACUCUUCCAGCACAGAGACCAAAUUUAGCCGACACUUAAUCUUUCAGAUGGAAAAUGCUCUCUUUGAAAACUGUGUUACUGCAGGUAAAGUGUUGCCAUUAAUAAUAGUAAUAAAGUUUAUUUGAAAAUCAGGCUUCAUCCCCAAAGACUCUAAGCGCGUUAUAAAGUCAACCAUAUUAAAAGAGAAUUGAAAAAAUCUAUAUUAUACCACAUUGAAAUAUAAAACGCAAUGUUACAAAAACUACAUACAAGAAUACCCAUUCUAAGUCUUUCAUCCCUUGCAACCAUAAACAACUCAAGCCAAUAUACAUCUAGGAGAUAAUAGCUGGCUGGAAAAGAUGGUAGACAACAUCACCCCAAAAUAGAUGUGUUUUCAAAUCGGUUUUGAAAGAUUCCAGUGUCUGGCUAUUUCUGAGAGCGACAGGAAGUGUGUUCCAAAUUGUUGGGCCAUCAAAUGCGGAAGUGCAGCUUCCGUAAGUCUCAAGGCGAACACGUGGUUUUGAGAGUUUGCCACUAUUGGAUGAGCGGAGGUGUCUAGUGGGUACAUAAAGCGUCAUGAGCGCUUUGCGAUAGGAUUGUGCCAAGUCAUGCGAGUAAAAAGUUUAUUAAACUUGGCUAGUUUGUUAAUAUUUGAUUUAAUAGUCUCCUAGAUUCUUGGUUGCGGUUAAUUCUUUUAAAGCUCUUUGCCUUGGGAAACCUACUGCUGCAGAAUUAUUAUAUUUUAAAUAUAGUUAUUUCUUGAAAACAAAAUAGGCAACCAGGGCAGCUGAAAAACAAAAUAGUUGAACUUUUUUCCACAUUGAAAAUAUGACAAGUUUAUUUUCAUUGCUGGACACCCAAACACUGCAACAAAAUCAGAAUUCAAGGCCAUGCUAUGAUAUCAUACGUGAAUAUAAAUUUAUUUGGUUAAUGUACAUUAUAGUAUUUUGUAUGUUAAAAAUUUAAUUUGACUUAAUUGUUUCUUUAGAAGAAUCACAGCUUUUGUAUUUGAUUUUGUUUAAAUUUAUCAAAAUCAUAUAUUUUAUUCUGUUUGUAGUUUAAAGUUGUCAAAAUUGUUGUUUGAUAUAUAAAAACACAUAUUUUUACCAGGUGCCUUCGUGCGGCAUAUUUUCCAUCAACUCGUAGAUGUGAUCAAGAUAAAAUCAACAUUACAAAAAGACCCCCCGUCAGAUAGACCGGCACCAGCUACAGCUGGGACAGAUCUCUGCAAGUCACAUUUAUCAAAGCACUUGAAAAACAAAAAAAAUGUUUCUGACCUUGGAGGCUUGUCAUGGGACAAGGAUCACAUAACCGAUGAAGAUAAACAGCUGAGUUUGGUUGCUGAAAUGUGCGAACAGAGACUAACUGGGUGCGCACAUGAUGACAGUGCACCAUCAACGUGCACCUCAUCAAAUCUUCAGAGAGUAAACCAUGAGAGAGAAAAAGAAUCAAGGGCAACAACUCUCAACGUCUUCGAUGUUAUUCAGCGAACUAAUACGGCAGUUGAAGCCAGAGGCUCGGGUUAUUCCGAUUAUGAAACUUACAACCAUGAAAUCGAGGUCAGUUAUGGCAGCAAUGAGAGACACAGCGGGAUGAGAGGUGAAGGUGCUGAAGUGUUCGGUCAGUUUGCAUGGGAAGAUUUGAGCUCUCUACUGGUGAAAAACAAAGAUGGUAAUGAAACACUGUUCUGUGAUCUAGGUGAGACAAAAGCUAUUGAUGGAAACAUCUUCUUUAAAAUAAUACGUUGUCGUAUAAUCUUGUCAUUUGAUGUUUCUCUUGUGGUCAGAAUGUCUUACUUUGCUUUUGAACGUAUAAUCUCAAUGGUCUUUAGACUUACAUGGAUCAGUGAUCUUUAAUUUCUACUCACCACUUGAUAGGAUUUUUUUUUUUUUUUGGAUAUCAAAGUAAAUAAAUGUAUCGCUAAAUUACUUAUCGGCCGAGAUAAACAUUUUUUUCUUUUAUUUCAGUUCAAAAGCGAAGGAAUCUAGUAGUAAAUUUUUAUUUUCUGAAGAAUUUUAAUUGUUGUUAAUUAUUUCUGUCACAUUAGCAAACUAUUCCAAAGUAUAUUUGUUUAUUAUUGAAUUUUGUUUGGUACAAUUUACUUUAUUGACACCAUACAAUAUUUUUUAAACUAAUGUAAACCCAUGUUCACAGGAGUUUACACAAAGAACAGAAACUUUCGAAUGUUCAUGUCAAGUAAACUGAACAAAAAUAACCCUCUCGUUGUGUCCAGUAGGAACCAGUUUCUUCCCGACUUAAACAGCAAGAAUAAAAAAUCACAAGAGGAGCUCUUCUUCUAUUCCUCUCUGAUUUCCCAGACACAGUGAGUUUUGUAAUGCUCUGUAGCAAGAUGGGUCAGAGGUCAUAAUUUCAGAUUUCUAUACUGUAUUAUCAUAUACAAGUUCUAAAUAAGUUUUUUUCAAAAAUGUUCACUUUGUUAUAUUCACAUCAGAAGUUUAAAAAAAAAAGAGGCAUUCUGUUCACCGACUGUUCAACAUAACCUCUUGGGGGGGAAAAAAUCAAUUCAAUCUUUUUACCUUUUUUCCCCAGAAGUGAAUCAUCCAAUGUUGAAGCUCUUCAGAUGGAGACAUCAAAAUCUUACCAUAAAAUACCUUGGCUUAAUUCUGUACCAAAUGAAGGUGGCGCUGUAAAAGGAGAUGAGUUCAGCGUUAAUGACUGUAAAUAUCUUGAUUUCAUUUUGAAGUAAAAAAAAAUGUUUUAAUUAGACUUCAGGAUAUUUUCCCUUGUGAGAAGUUCUAAGUUUUUUUACUAAAAAAAAAAGACCAUUUUAAUGUGGUAAAUUCAUUAGAAGUAUGGUUAUUGUUAAUUGUAUUGCUCAGGGGUUCUCAUCUUGUUGAAGGUUUAAAUUUAAAUUAACAAAUUAUGAAUAUAAUAAAAAGUAAGUUAAAUAUUUAUUACAUUUCUAAUAACAUGACCUAACAGUUGAUGCCAAUUUAUAAAUAAAGUUUAUUAAAACACAGUUAACUGUUUACAAGGAAUGUUCAAGAUUAUUUCCCCCCCACCCUCACAGUUUCAUUAGAAGGAUCCCUCUCCACCUCACCCUAUCCAGAGAUUGACGGCUUUGUCCAAAACCUGGUCACCAACCGUGGGCGUCACGGUAUGGUCAGACACUGGACUUAUUUCACGACCAGGGAGAUCCUCAUCUAUGACAUUGCCGGCUACAGGUGGUGUGGAAAUGUGCAGAGAGAGCACCGCAGCAACAAUAUCAUGUGAGAUUUGCGUGAAAGGAAAUUAGAUCAAUUUCAUGUUCAGACUGUACCAGCCACACUAUUCUGCACAUGUGGCCGUAGAACCAGAAAAUAAUUAAAUUCAUCAGAGUCGUACGUGAUAGAGUUGAUAACCUUUGAAUUUGGCUAUACUUAACACUAAAGCACCAAUGUUGAAUUAAUAGCAUCAGUAUAGCACUGAAAGCACCAAUUUUGCACUAAUAGCACCAUUAUAGCACUAAUAGCACCAUUGUAGCACUGAUAGCACCAUUGUAGCACUGAUAGCACAAAUAUCACUGAUAAGAAAGUUUUUGUAACUGGUAAUUUAAUCACAUAGCGAAGAUUAAUAAUAGAGUAGUCAACCAUUCUAUUUGAAUUUGACAUGUUUAGGAUGUCUUUCUCCUUCUGUGGCUCACCUGUUCAUUCUAAAGAGCUGCAUGCAUGGGCACAGUAGCCAUACAUUCCCUAAACUGCACCAAUUUAAAUUAUUAAUAGCAUUAGAGAGAUAAUUAUUUUUUUUUAAUGACUGUAUUCCUAUAGAGACUGCGGUAUGAUGCAUGGUCAAAUAAUACAUUAUAGUUAAUACACAUAUAAGUUUCUAGUUAUACUCAUGAGUGUCAAGUUAUACACACAUGAGUGUCAAGUUAAUACACAUAUUUAGUUACACACAUAUGACUGUCUUUUGUUCCAGGUAUGUGGUGGAUCUUCGAAAAGGUGUCUACUAUCAGAAAUGUUACGACCCCGACUGUCAGGCUGUGGGAUAUAAAUCUGAAUGUACGUGGACUAUUUCUAUGUGAAAGGGGUUGAUAAUCUGUUGCAUAUAUUUUAACUCUGUUUAUUCUGAGACUGGCCGUGAGCCUGUAAUGAAAAGAGGUACUUAAAUGACUUUGGAGGUUUUACAGGAUUAUUUGGCAGGAAAUAAUUAAAUGGCUUCAACAAUUCAUUUUUAAUUAUUAUACGAUUAAUUAACUUGGUGAUUCAGUCUGAAAAUAGCAACUUAUUAUUUUUUUUAAAUAACUUUUGAAUUAAUGAUUUUACCUGCUUGAAAAAAAUUGUGCUUAAAUAUUGACAACGUUGGAGCAAAUACAAUACAAGUCCUUAAACAUGGGACUUUUUCAAAUGUAAAAAAACAAAAAACUUUUUGGUCGAUUUUCAGAAAAUUUGAAAAUCGCUUAACUUUUUUGUUUAUUGAGCUAUGACGUAAAAUAAGUGGCCUAUAUCCUAGAAUAAAAAGUUCUAUCAGUUGAAACUCACCACAAAUGUCUGCUAUGUAUGGAUCAUUUCAGUUUGGACUACCUACUUAUUAGCAUGAUUGUUAUUAAAUUUAUUGCAGUCCUCAACAUUAAAGAAUUCAAUCCUUUUUCAGCUCUGGAUGUCCCAUAUCACCUGCUCCCAGCCUCAUUCUUUGAAGACUUGGAUACCGGCGAGGAGCUGUUUGACUCUGACAACGAAGACGCCCAACUUGUAGCGGCCGUGAGUGAGAUAGAAACUGAAUUAACUGAUGCCUCAUCGCACACAAAUGACAAACAGUUGCCCUCAUUCAUCACAAACCUUUCUCACCACCACCAACAGACAAACACUUGGCACAAUCAUUUUGACUCACCAGACGAUGACAUCCUUCUAGAGGCUGUUCGAAAAGUGGAAACCAGCUGCCAAUAAUAUUUAAAUUUUAAACCACACUGCUGUAUCAAUAAAACAGCGAACCUCGUUAAAUGUGUGAGCAUUUUUAACGCUAAUCAGAUUAUUGAUUUUGAAAACGAUCAUUUAUUAUUAUUUUUUUAUUUUUUUCAAAGUGAUAAUCCAAUUAAAUUUUUACAAACUAUACCCAAGAGCAAGAUGCAUUGUUACUGAAAUUAAUUUGAUGCAAUGGAAAGAAAGUAUUAAUUUUUUUUUUUAUAUCACUAAAAUUCACCUUUUUUAUUGGAAAAAUAAAGUUUUUAAGGAAGAGGUUCUCAGAAUUAUUAGAAUUCCCAUAAGGUUAGUAUGCUAUCCUGUAAUUGGGGAUAUAAACCAACACAUGUUACAGUAUUCAACACAUUCAAUACUGAAUUUAUCCCCAGUGUGCAAUGACAGCUGUUUGUGUCUUUAAACAGUUUGACUUCCUACCUUACAUGUCAUCUACUAGCAUAGAAACAAAAGGCAAGAGACCAUCCUAACUUAAAAUUUUAAAAUGAUUUGAAUAUAUAUUAUCAGGUUGACUUUAGAUUAGUACAAAAUGUUAUAUUUGCUUGAAACAAACACGAUUGUCUAAUCUAAUUGCAAAAGGUUUUCCUUUUUUCUAUGCGUCCAGUUCUUUUGUUUUGCCGAAAUAUUGCCAUAUCUAUAUAU